AUGUCUCUGUAGACGGGAUCGACCCACAGUGGCAUAACUCUGUAGAAUUUCAUUUGUCUGUGUAAAGAAGCCACGCGAAAGAUGUGGGAAAACACAAAAACAACAACAAAUACUCACCUGACAAGGGGCCUGUAAGACUAAGGAGCGUCUGGCUGUGGAUUAUGUUUGUAUCUAUGAGUGCCGAGUGAUGAAGUGUCUGACAGCCGGCCAGCCAGAUGGGAGUCACUCGCUGAUCUGAAAGGUGGCUCUGCAGUAAUGAGACACAGAUGGUAGUGCACAUGGGCACGUCCAGAGCAAACACAGCGAGACUCCACAAGUGACUUCAGGCUGGAAGUAAAUAUUUUGCAGAAACGUCGGCUGAAGGUGAUUUUCUGAUGCUUUUUUGAGGACUUUGGGACUUUGGCUCCUCCAAACCCCUGGGCUACGCUGUAGAUGUCCUCCUGAUCAAAAGAAUUUACUGCAUCUGUAUCAGUUUGACCUUAUUUUAUCUUAUUUGCACACAUCCCUGGGUCAGCUUGCCACAUAAGUGUGAUGUGUGGGUCGGUAAUUUAACCAAUCCUGAGCACUUUGUAGGUCUCUGGCCAACUUGCAGGCAGGUGUGAUGCUGGGUCAGUGUGUUUGAUACACACAUUCACACACAUAGCAGCCUGAGACCAGGACAUCAAAUGAAAACAUUGAACAUGUUACAGAAAAUCUGACUUUCAGCUUCAUAUCUGCACUUCACAGAUGCUGCUGGAGAUGUAACGUGCACACUGGCUUCCCUUUUCUCACAUAUUAAACACAAAUAACACACACAAGCUGCUAUAAUUCACUGCAUUAUUGGGUAACGAGACCAACUAUCCUUUACUGAAAGACUUCUUCCGUACAACAUGAACGUGGAAACCUGCAAUCUGGUUCCUCGGUACAUCUUGCAGCCCACCUUUUCCCGUCACCUCCUUCUCCCCGUCCUCCUGCUGCUCCUCCACGCCUGGUGGGGGUGCUGUCAUCCCCAGUGUUUGGAUUACAAGCCUCCGUUCCAGCCCCAUCAGCCACUGGUCUUCUGCAAAGAGUAUUCAAAGUUUGGAUGCUGUGAUGUGGAAAAGGACGAGCAGAUAUCACACAGGUUUUACACCAUUAUGGAGAACUUUGACCAUUCAGGAUAUGUGACCUGUGGCAGAUACAUUCGCAGCAUCCUCUGUCAGGAGUGUUCUCCAUAUGCUGCCCACCUCUACGAUGCUGAGGAUGCCAACACACCUAUGAGGAUGCUGCCUGGAUUGUGUGGGGAUUAUUGCUCCGACUACUGGCAUCAGUGUCGCUACACACUGGGCCUCCUCCUCGAGGACUCGGAAAGCCCGCAGCAGUUUGCAAACCUGACCGCCACAAUAGAAGAAGAUCGCAGGAAGUUCUGUGACUUUCUGGAGCUGAAGGACCAACAGUAUUGCUAUCCUAAUGUCUUGACGAACACAGAGCUAAAUGCUAACCUGGGUUUGGUACGUGAGGAUCCUAAAGGCUGUCUGGAGUUGUGCUUGCAGGAAGUGGCCAACGGCCUCCGUAACCCCGUGGCCAUGAUCCACGCCGAUGAUGGAACUCACCGCUUCUUUGUCGCCGAGCAGCUGGGUUAUGUGUGGGUGUAUCUGGCAAACGGCUCCAGGAUCGACCGUCCUUUCCUCAACCUCACUCAGGCAGUUCUCACAUCUCCGUGGGCUGGAGACGAGAGAGGAUUCCUCUGCAUAGCCCUGCAUCCCAGAUUCACCACAGUCAGAAAAGCCUACGUGUACUACUCUGUGUCUGUCAAGAAGCAGGAGAGGAUACGAAUCAGCGAGUUCACACUGUCAGUGCAUGAUGACAACCAACUAGACCAUUCUUCUGAGAGAACCAUCAUGGAGGUGGUAGAACCAGCAUCUAAUCAUAAUGGGGGACAGCUUCUUUUUGGUCACGACGGCUAUCUGUACAUCUUUAUUGGUGAUGGUGGGCGAGCUGGAGACCCAUUUGGAAAGUUCGGCAACUCACAGAACAAGUCAGUGCUUCUUGGCAAAGUGCUGCGGAUUGAUGUUGACAACAACGAUGACGGUGCACCGUACAGCAUUCCCUCAGAUAACCCUUUCCUGGGGGAGAAAGAGACACGGCCUGAGAUUUAUGCCUAUGGCGUUCGCAAUAUGUGGCGUUGUUCCAUUGACCGUGGUGACCCUGCUACAGGCGCAGGCAGAGGCAGGAUGUUUUGUGGUGACGUGGGCCAGAACAAGUAUGAAGAGGUGGACCUCAUUGUAAAAGGAGGCAACUAUGGCUGGAGAGCCAAAGAAGGCUUCAGCUGCUACGAUCGAAAACUCUGUCAGAACUCAUCUCUUGAUGACAUCUUGCCCAUAUUUGCAUACCCUCACAAGCUGGGCAAGUCAGUGACAGGAGGAUACAUCUACAGAGGGUGUCAGAUGCCAAACCUCAACGGACUCUACAUCUUUGGGGAUUUCAUGAGCGGGCGUCUGAUGUCUCUGAAGGAGAACACCACCACAGGAGAAUGGCAGUACACUGAGAUCUGCAUGGGAAGAGGUCAGACCUGCAGAUUCCCCAAACUCAUCGACAGCCACUAUAAAUACAUCAUCUCUUUUGCAGAGGAUGAAGCAGGUGAAUUAUAUUUCUUAGCCACAGGAGUCCCGAGUGCCACAGCGAGAACAGGAGUUAUCUAUAAGAUAGUGGACCCAUCCAGACGAGCAGCACCUGGAAAAUGCAGCAUCAAGCCUUCCCCUGUUAAGAUAAAGGGAAAACUGGUCCAUUUCCAUCCCAAAGAAGAGUUUGUAAUCAACAAGAAACCAACCACCACAGCUGUUCCCACGACGACCACGCGAAAAACCACAACAGCCAAAAAAGCACCAAGAAAACCUAUAGUAAUAAUAAAGCCACCAAUGCCAACAAGAAAAACAAUGAGAAAACCGCCACAACCAACAACAACGACAACAACAGCGACCACAACAAAAACAACAACACAGACAACAAGAAAAACAACGACAAAGACAACAUUACCAGCAACAACACCGACUAUUAAAGCAACAGUUAAAACAACCGCAGCCACAACAAUAAAACCAACAACCGCACCAACAACAGUCCAGAUGGCCAUGAUGACCACUCCUGCCACAACUCCCGCCACAAGCUCCUCCACUGGUUAUCGCGAAACCGUCAUGACUGCAGCGUCCUCUAGGAUUGCUCAAACUCCGAUCAUCCCAACAGCUUCACCAAGAAGACAUGGGAGACCCCCUCAGUACCCUCCCAGUGCCACUUCCCAACCUUUAAGCCCACUACAACGUCCUCCAUCUCCAUCUACAGCAUCGCUGCAAAGGCCCCAUGUGGCUUUGAACUCUACACCUUAUCCCAAACAUCCUGGAGUGAUCACCACAACGUGGGCACCAUAUUUGAACCAGAAGCCCCAGAGACCAGCAAUCAGCACAACAAUGCCUAAAACACGGGAAGGGAAGCUGUGGAUUGGGGAGAAGCUGGAAAGUGCCGGAGAGGGCAACCAAGUAUACAAGAAGCCCAGAGGCAAAGGUAGAGGCUACAAGAAAGGAAGAGAUGGGAGAAGACUGAGGGCCGGCUCAGUGCGACUCGUAAGCACUGAUGGUUUAUUAGAUCGAGGCAGAGUGGAGAUCUUUCUCCGAGGGGAAUGGGGGACAGUGUGCGAUGACCUUUUUUCUGCCAAGGCCGGUUCUGUCGUGUGCCGACAGCUCGGCUUCACAAAGGCGCUGGCAGUGAUGAAGAGGGCAGCGCUGGGCGAGGCGGACAGCAGCGUUAGGAUCCUGCUGGAUGAUGUGGAGUGUGAGGGUGGGGAGAGAUCACUGCUGGCGUGCAAAAGGUCCAGGGUUGGGAAACACAACUGCUCGCACGGGGAGGAUGUAGGAGUGAUCUGUGGUUAACAAAGCAAGAUUAAAUAUAGGCAUCGAGCAGGGAAGAAGAAACUAUUUGUUGAAGGUACUAAAGAUGCACAUUUUUAAGGAUGAUUAUUAAUAAUGUCCACAUUUCCAUGAUUUGUACUUUCUCAUUUUUGCAUGCUUUUCAGUUCCAACUCACUGCUUAAUGCUCAGUUGUUCACACAUUAGCUUGAAAUACGUUGUAUCCACUUAUUGGAAAGUGAUGUGAAGGAAGAGCAUGUCCCUUCAUAUCACCUUUCACUGACAGUUUCUCUUAGACUCACUCAGUCUGCUAUUUAGUCAAAACCAACCACCCACAUAUAGGGAAACACAACAGUUAACAUAACAGAUAAAUACCGUUACUUCUUACCAAACAAGGAACUCUACUAAAUUUUUCCUAUGCUACUUGUACAACACAUUUAUGAUAAGCAGAAGUUUACGACUAGACGGUACGACUAGUCAUCUCAGGGUACUUUAAAUGUUUAGGCCAGUAUACUAUAGUAUAGUACAGUACAGUACAGUAUAGAGAGAAGCCCAACAGUUCCAGUGAGCAGGACUCGGCUGCUUCGACUGGUUAGAGUGAGGGGACAGCAGCACCAGAGAUAAAGAUUGGAACAAAAUCAAACAGUUUCACAUGUCCACUGAACUGCUCACAGAUUCAAAAUAAACCAGAGAUGUGACAUGAUACAUGACAUGGUACAAAUAUUUUACCAAGCUCUUAUUGCAAUACUAAUGGAGUCUGACGAAGACACAAGUGUAAUUCCUGAAGAAUCAACACUUGGUGAAAGUGUGCCGACAUUCAUAGUUAUACACUUUCACUUGGUAGAGAUGUAAGCAUUAAGAAGUAUAUUUUUAUUAUUUUAAAAACCCCAAUUUACUCAAAACUGGUCAAAGUGGACUGAGCGAGUUUUGGAGAAACCUUCAUGACAUUCUAGCUAACUACAUAGGAUCCUGUUAAAUAAACAAAUGUGAGAAAACAUGUAUUUUUAUAUUGUACAUUUCCAGCAGGUUUAUUUUCUGAAGCAGGUUUGAAAUCAUUUGCAUUUUUCUAUCUUUUGAAUGUAGUUGUAAGAGCUUUAAAAAGGAAAUGCUGGACAUUCUGUACAAUGAAUGUAAUAACAAGAUUCCAGUUUCACAUAAAGAGAUUUAAGGGCACAGGCUGCCUUUUAUAUGAAUAAAGUUUACAGCAAAAC